AUGGCCGAAGAGUCCAAGACCUGCCCCUCAUUCGAUUCGAGGAUGAUAUGCAAGUCGAGGGCCAAAGACAGCUGCUGUGCUACCGCCGGAUCGAGUUCUGGACGAAGAAGGACAGCCAGGCAAGGUGAUCAUGAGGGCAAUCCGCUGGCCGGUCCGACGUUCAACGCUGCUGGCACAUACACAAGAUUGGUUGAUAUUGCAUGUCCCCUCCCGAGACAAAAUAAUUCAGUCUCCAGGGGCUCAGGGCUCAAGGCUCAAGUUGCUGCUAGCAAGUGGUGGCCCCAUGUCUCAUAUAAUCAUGCCCCUUGA